GCCAGGUUCAAGAAGACCGUGCAGGUUCGAUCAAGAAGACGCGAGCAGCUUGAAAUUGAAAAUUGAAGUCUGAGCAUAGGUAGUCACGAGUUGAGGCCUCCUUCCCCAUUCAACGUUCUGGAGCGUCCGCGUCCUUUCCCAAUCCUCCCUGGACGGCCCAUUGUUGCAUUGCAUUUGAGAAGGUCUGAAGGUUGGACUACCCAGACCUAAUGUUGUGCCGCCUCGCUGUUGUGGCAGAGCUUUGAACCACGAAGUUCUAUGGUAAAAGCACAGGGAAUCGGUUAGGACAUUGCUGGGGCGCUGGGACCUUGCAGGCGCGUUGCACUUUGAGUAGGAUCUUGAUCUCUGCACAUUUCUGUUGCAAAGAGUGAACAGAGUCAAACUUUAGUAAGAUCCACCAUCCUUCCCUUCCAAUGGCGUCCUCUGCGGUCGCCUGCCAAGCAAAAUGUGGGGGUCUGCACAGCACUGGGCCCCAGCUCAGAACCCUAAAAUCUCAGGCUGCCGAAAGUUUCACCUUGCUCUCCCUAGAGCGGUGCAGGAUCGGCCCUUCACUAGAGGCUUCUCCAGCCGCAGGUUGGCGGCAUCAGAAGCGCCGAGCAAAGCUGGGCGUGGUGAUGACCGCAGACUUGGGCCAAUCCACAUUCCCACCAUUGGCAGCCCUAAGUCUGCCGUUUGGCAAGAAUGCGGCUGCAGGGCGACCAGCAGAGCCUGAGACGCAAAUGCACGUUGUCCAGAGGGGUCAGGUUAUGUCCAAGAUUGCGCAGCUUUAUGAAACGGACCUCAAGACAUUGCACGAGCUCAAUCCGGGUGUGGCCCUCGACUAUGUGCGACCGAAGCAGACGAUCGUGGUGCCAAAGUUGAGGGCUGUUGCAACAGCAGGGGCGGCGAAGGGCAUGGAUGUGCCAGGGAUCUGUCCACCAAAGGGAAAAGCGCCUCCUUCCAAGGCCUCUCCUCGUCAACCAGUCAAAGUCCCGGCGCAGUCCACUCCUGCAGCCGUUGCUGAGACUGGUGCGGUCUUGGACACGAUUACAGCAUCUGGAGAGCUGCAGUACGUUGUGCAGUCAGGCGACAGCCUCUUCACUAUCGCCGAGAGGUACGGCGUGUCCAUGACCGAGCUCGUCAAGCUCAACAAGCUGCACUUCAAGAGCACGAUCCUCCCGCAGCAAACGCUGCGCAUCCCCGCCAACUCCAAACCGCAGGCGGCCAUUGUCGCAAGCGUGUGCCCGGCGCCCCCCCCCACCUGCCCAGUGCCUUCCCGCAAGCCGCAGACAGGCUGGGCGAUCGGGGUGGGGCUCGCCCUUCUGGGAGCAGCAGCGGCAGCCUACGCGUACGAUCUCAUGAAGGGGAAGAAGCUUGCUGCCGUCGAGGAGACACAGCCCCCACUUCCGGCCGCUGGGUUCGCAUCCCCGCUUGCUGCCUCCACUGUCGACAACACCAAGACGGACAGCCUGCAAGCAGCUGAGAUCAUUGCUGCCGUUGCCGCUCCCCGCCCCACUGGUGAAACCCCGGUGGUCCCUCCCCCAGCAGAGGCUGCGGCAAACCCUGUGGUCGCAGACGAAGCAAGUGUGGCACAACCCCCGGCGGCUGUAGCACCCCCUCCUGCCCCUGUGGAAGCUGUAGCACCCCCUCCUUCCGUUUCGUCACCAACCGCAACUCCUCUGGAUCCGAUCGUGGCCAGCACUCCAGCGGCGGAGACAGAAGCGACCCCGGCCCCCCUUGCUCCCACAGAGCUUCCAGCCCCCAGCUUGCCGGAAGCUGCUUCAGCCGAUCCACCCACACCUAUGGCAGCGCCUGAAGGAGAAAACGGGCGCGCAGUCAAAGCCCCCAUGGUGGUCUUGACCAGUGUCACGCGUGAAGCAGAAAAGCAGCAGCCUGAGCUGGUGAAACCGGAAGCGAGCGCCUCAGCGGUGACUGUAGAUACAGCGGAGGCGCCCGUUCCGGAAGUGAUCGCGUCGGCUGUCAUUGAAGAAGCAGAAGUGACCCCGUCACUGGUCAUUGAAGACAAGAAGGAAGCGCAGAACGGGGCUGCUGCAGUGGAGUCUGUUGUGAGCGCACACAAGGACGAGGCUGCUAGCGAAACCUCGGUGUCUCUGACAGACAUCCUGCCGGACGGGCUGGUGCCUCUCGAGACGACGGACAUUGCGGAAAAGCAACCACAGCCCACUGACGGCCAGCUCGGCGUCGGGUCCAGCUUCUGCCAAGAAGCCACGAUCACGCGUGCUCUCCAGGGGGCGUAUCGCGCCGCCUCCCAAUCCCUAGGACCCCUGCACCAGACGCUCGCCUUUGUUGCGCUCAGCUCGGGCCGCAUUGGUCUGGCAAGCGAGGACUUCACCUGGGGCAGCACGGCGGAAGCGGUGGUUGCGCUGAGGUCGACGCUCCCGGCGGACUGCAACCUGCAGGGGAUCUGCACGUGGGGGAUCACUGGGGCGGAUGGGAAUGGGGCGGGGGAGGAGAAGGAGAAGGAGUGGGCGGCUGUGCUGCUGUUCUCGGCACAGGGCCGGGUGGUGGCAAACGGAUCCACGAUUACGACUGGCUCUCCCCGGCUGGCGGCCGAAAUGGCUGCUGAGGGCCUGCGCGCAAAGGCAGUGGGGAAGAAGCUGAAGGCGGUCAUCAUUGUUUCGAGCCCACAGACUGACGCGGCAGCCAUCGAUGUUGUCCGUGACGUCAUCCCGGGCCUCCCCGUGUACGCCAUCAGCGAGAGCAAGGUGCCCGACAGCCCCGGUCGCCCCGUCGCGCUGAGCAAGGAGUGGCAGGUCGCACCGGCGGGGGCGACCAGCGCAGUGGCCCCGGGCAUUUCUCUUGUGGGCAUCACCACCGAAGCAGAUUUCGGCGGCGCAUUCUUUGCAACGGUCGUUGGACAGUGGUUGUACGGGCCGAAGUGCACGAUCGAGGCGCUGCCGUCGACCGCGAAGAAGGAGAUGGCGACGAGCGGUCGGUGACGGGUUUGCUCGCCGCGCAGGCUGUGUUUGAGGGAUCAUUGCCAGAUAGAGAGAGAUCAGCAAACAGCGUACUGGUUAGCGAGAACGCUCUAGGUUUGUGGGCCGUUACGACGGAGGCCUCGUCACAGUGUGUUCGUAGGCCGGGCUGAAUGAUGCUUUCAUGAGUGCUGAAAAGCAACAGGCCUGGGCAAUAAGGGCCGGAUCAGGGCUCGGAAAACCGCUGGAGAGGUAGUUUACAUUUUAAACUCGUAGCUUUCGGAAGGUGGGUAGGUUACAACUGCUUAGUUUUUUGAGCUAGCUACAACUGGACCGGUUACUGGCUUACUUUUGUGAAGACAGACCAUGAACUUGUUCAACGCGGGCCUGUCUGGGAGCUUCUCCUUGGACGGGGUCAAUUCGCUGCUGCUUUUCUAACCAGACCACUUGGUACCUUUCCUUGGAUUAUCGCUUUCUGUGUACGUCUG